GUCACGAAACGAAUGUCACAAACGUCACAAAGAAGAACAAGAAAUUCCUACCAGAUUUUUUUAGAGAAAAUAGAAUUAAGAAUUCCUUUUAGAAUUAAAAAUAGUGUUAUUACGAAACAAGGCUUAUGAAUUCUAAUGCUUUAUGCCGGUGCUGCCUGGCGCGGCCGCCGGACAAGGACCUCAAGUCAAUGUACACACGGCUCGGAAAAUCUGAAGUUUAUGGAGAUAUGCUCAAGGAAUGUUUCGAAAUUCAUUUCUCUCUAGAGGGUUGCGACAGUGACAAUGGCAUCUGCGAGGUGUGUGUGUCUCGGCUGCGCGACUCUUGGGACUUCAAGUGCCAGGUGCUGCAGUGUCAGGAGGAGCUCCGGCUGAAGCUGCUGGAGAUUGUGGAUCAGAAGGGUCAACUGCCCAAAAUCAAGGAAGAAUACUCAGAUGCUGAGGAUAAUGGCCUUUAUUACUUAGAACCAAAGGAGGAGUUGUCGGACUUCGAGGAUAUGAAGGAGAAGGACAAGUUAGCAGAGAUGCUCGGCCUGGACGAUGUGCCACUCAAGAGAAGAGUGAAGAAGAGAUCCAGCAAGAAACGACUGCUUCUUGACAAGAAGAGUGAUCGCAAAUCGAAGAAUCUCAUCAAACCGAUCAAGCUGUCUCUCCGUACUUUGUCACAGAUCGAAAAACUGACCCCCACCAUACGAUUCAUAAGUGACAAUCAGAAGCAUAGUAACAAUGUUCAAAAUCUUCUGAAAUACUCCAAUUGUACCCCCUUCUCCAACAAAACCUUAGCCGGCAUAGUUUGUGCUUACUGCAAAGAGACUUAUCCCACUCCUGAACAAUUGAGACUUCAUGCCAGUGAUGUGCAUAAAAAGGAAGAUUUAAACUUCAACAAACGUUUAGACAAAAGCAAUUUAUCAAUAAAAAUGGACAUAAACGACUUAAAAUGUACGCUGUGUGAGAAAAACUUUGAUGUGAUAUCAAAUCUUAAAAAGCAUUUAACAAAAGACCACGAUAUAAAGUUCUAUCCAGACAUAAAUGACUAUAUAAUGGAAUUCAAAUUGACGAGCACAGAAAUUUUAAACUGUGCACUAUGCAAUUCAACAUUUGAAACGUUCAAAAUGCUUUUACAACACAUGAACGGACAUUAUAGGAACUACAUUUGCGAUGUCUGCGAUUUGGGAUUCAUAAACAAGCACAGAUUAAAGAAUCACCAACGGACACACGAGACGGGGAGUUUUAAAUGUGCGUUUUGCGAAAAAGUCUUUACGACACGAGUGAGGAAAGUGUGCCAUGAGAAAUACACGCACAACACCAAUGCUAGAUACACAACAAAUUGUCCUCACUGCGACCAAUCCUUCACGAGUUACUACCAACGGAAUAGGCAUAUGUUUAAAGAACACAACAUAGCAGCUGCUACGUACAAAUGCAACAUUUGUGACAAAUCAUUCAUACUGAAAUCUAAAUUAACAUCACAUAUAAAGAAAGUGCACUUAAUGGAACGUAAUCACAUAUGUGCGGAGUGCGGUCAGGGUUUCUUCAUCAAGCAAUCUCUAGACGAACAUAUGAUAAAACAUAACGGUGAAAGAGUGUUUAAGUGUACAGUGUGUAAUAAGGCUUAUGCUAGGAAAAAGACUCUAAGGGAACAUAUGCGUAUACAUAACAACGACCGUCGGUUCAAAUGUGGUGCGUGCGGUCUUGCGUUCGUACAAAAGUGCAGUUUAAAAAGUCAUAUGUUGUCUAACCAUGGGCUAACUCUCGCUGAGUAUGAGAACGCUAAGAGUGAGUUGCAUAGCCCUUGAAACGCUAACUUAGCACUGCUAUUUAUGUUGUAACUCUCAAGAACUAACUUAGCACUGUUAUAGGUAAUGGCACACCCUUCAAAAUGUUAAUUUUUUUGAUUAGCUUUGAAACGCUAACUCAGCGCUUCUGAAAGAUACAUAUAGAUAUGUUUAAAAACAACAUCUUUGCAACAUUUGUUAUUGAUCAUUCAUAAUGAAAUCUAAAUUAACAUCACAUAUAAAAAAGUGCACUUAAUGGAACAUAAUCACAAAAUAUCUGCUGAGUGUGGUCAAGGAUUCUUUAUCAAGCAAUCUCUAGACAAUUAAAAAUAUCGGUGAAACAGUUUUUAAAUGUAAUUUGUGUAAUAAAGCUUAUGCUAGGAAAAAGAGUCAUAUGCUCUCUAACCAUGGGCUCACUCUUACUGACUAUGAGAACGCUAAGAGUGAGUUGCAUAGCCUUUAAAACUCUAACUUACGACUGCUAAAAUUUAUGUCAUUAUCCCUUAAAACGGUAAAUUAGCGCUGCUAAAAUUUAUGGCAUUAUCCCUUAAAACGGUAAUUUAGCACUGCUAAAAUUGAUGGCAUACUCUAAAACGGUAAUUUUGCAUGGCUAAAAUUGACGGCAUAUCCCUUAAUACUUAAAUCCAUAUUAUUAUUUUUAUCUAAAAGAUGGCUGAAAGUUUAUUAGUACAUUCACAUCAUGUAGACACACAAAUUUAUAGGUAUAAUGUUAACAAAAUAUGUACACAAUAGUGUAAAUAAUUAAUUAAUUAUAUUAUUGUUAAAAAACAAUGUCACAAAAAUUGCUGUUGUCAAUAAUAAACAAGAUUUAUUUUUUAUAAUUUUUUUCCCAGUAGGUACACAUAGAUAAGAUAUAUCUAUGCUAGUCUCAGACUAAUUACAUAAGGAACUGCCUGGCUAGUCGUUAAUUUCUGUCAAAGUAUAUGAUCAACGAUAUAAUGCGACUAUAAAAUCUGUCUCUAUAGAAUCGAUGUUUCAUAAUUGUAAUCGUGUUCGCCGGUUAAAGAGCUCCGUAAAAAUAUCUUUUUGGUGGCCUCCCUUAAAUAUACCUUAUGUAAUUAGUCUGAGAUACCUACUCUGCGUCAAAGUCCAUGGCUUAAAGUUUGUAAGUACAUUCACAUCUUAUAAAAUUGAUAGAAAUAUUGUUAACAAAACAUGUACAUAAUAGUGUAAAUAGUAAAAUGAAAUUUUAGUUAAAAAAAAUGUCACAAAAAUCACGGUUGUUAACAAUAAACAAAAUGUCUUUUUUUUGUUACAUACAUACGAUAAUAGAUAUAUCUAUGUGAGUCUCAGACUAAUUACAUGAGGACCUGUCUCGCUAGACGUUACUUUUGUGUCAAAGUAAAUGAUCAACGAUCUAAUGCUAUUAUAAAAACUGUCUUGGAAUCGAUAUUUCACAGUUGUAGUAGUGUUUGUCGGUUAAAGAGAGUAAAAUACCUUUUUAUGUAGUUGAAAGGUGUAAAAAAGGUCAAAAACUUCCAGUUUAGUACUUAUUCUAAGCUAGAAGUUGUUGGCUUUUUUUAAACGGUAUACACCCAACGUAAGCUCAUGUUCCUAGAAAAAUAACGGACGAUUAGGUUCGUGAAUUUAAGUGUGUAAAAGUCCUUAUGUGAUUCGUCUAUGAUUCUUUUAACUAUAAAUCUAUGGCUAAAAAUUUGUAAGUACAUUCACAUCACAUAAAAAUGGUAGGUAUAUUGUUAACAAAACAUGUACAUAACAGUGUAAAUAAUAAAUUAUAUUAUUGUUAAAAAAAAAUUGUCACAAAAAUUACGGUUGUCAAUAAUAAACAAGAUUUAUUUUUUUAUUGUUUUAUAUUUUUUUUUGUUACGAGAAGAUAUAUCUAUGCGAGUACAGAUAAAAUGAAGUUUUAUACAAAUUUAUUUCACAGCAAUGAAAUAUUUAUCUAUAUUAUGUAAUCUCAGACCAAUUAUCUUCUAGACCUCACUAGAGCUUGCCCCUCUGUCAAAACUAUAUGAUCAUGAUCUAACGAUUUCAUACAAACUGCGUCUAUAGAAUCGAUGUUUCUUUGUGUUAAAAUUACACGUGCGAUACAUGUUCAAUAGACGGUAAUCGGUCUGAGAUCUCAUAAAUAAUGUAAAUUAAUUAAUAAUAUACUGUAAAUAAUAGGAAAAUGUAAAUAAAUACUAUACAUACUACAA